AUGCGUUGUGCCUACCAUUCGACCACCUGCCCCCUGAUCGACUGUCCGGCGAAUAAGGUGGUCACUCUGGAAAAUCAGUGCUGCCCGGUGUGCAUCGGAGACGACUUCUGUUCGCUUCGUCCUUGCCAUCCGAACGCGACGUGCGUUAACAGGAAGCACGAUCGCGAAUGUCGCUGCAAAGCCGGCUUCUUUGGCGAUGGCGAAGAAUGCUUUGAUGUUGACGAAUGCAAGGUGACCACUGAACAAGGCGCUGACCAACGUCCGGCCUGCAGCGUCGGAAGCCGAUGCAUCAACACGGUCGGCAGCUUCUACUGCGAGUGCCUGCCCGGAUACGUGGAAGUGAACGAUCAUCAGUGUCUCGACGUUAUAUACUGA